GCAGAUUACGUUACGUUAUACGUCGCGUAAUAUGCAAUUGUGCCAAUUAUUAGUUCCCCAUGUUAUCGUCAGAUAAACGUUUUAAAAUUUUCAUCUACAUUCGAGCAAUGCAUUAGUGACAGUCGAGGUUCAGAUCAAUGUCAUCGUAUCAGUGAAAAAAUAGUUCAUAUUUUAUAUCGUGAUUUUUAAAUUUGACUCCUAUUACAAUGAAGUAUUUAAAAUUAUCAGCAGUAAUUGUGUUGAGUACUCUAAUCAUAAUUAUGAACACGGAACAAUGUCUGGGGUACAGAAUUUUGGGAGUAUUUCCGCUGAAUGCUAAAAGCCACAUGGUGUUUCAUGAACAAGUGGCCAAGGGAUUAGCGCGACGCGGCCACCAAAUCGAUGUCAUCAGUAUAUUUCCUCAAAAAAAACCAUUUCCUAAUUACACCGACAUCGAAAUUCCGGCGGCUUUGCCAAAGUUUGUUAACAAUAUGACCCAUGAUUUUCUGCAAGAUGUCACAAAGAGUAAUAUCGUACACUUCAUGUCCACAAAUAUGGGCAACGUAAUUUGCGAAAAAGGGUUAGAAAAUUCAAAUGUACUGAAUAUUAUCAAAAAUCCUCCCAAAAAUCCUCCUUAUGAUCUCGUUAUCACAGAGAUUUUUGCUGCCCACUGCUUCAUGGCCUUCGGAUAUCAUCUGAAAGUCCCGGUCGUCGGAUUAAGUUCAUCGGCUUUAUAUCCAUGGAGUAAUGACAUGAUAGCGAAUCCCCCAAAUCUGGCCUUUGUCCCGAAUAAUCUUCUCGAGUAUAUGGAGAAAAUGAACUUCUGGCAACGUCUAUACAACGUCGUCCAUACUUAUUACUACAGAAUGUACUUCAACUACUACACAUCCUCGCAAAAUGAUAUGAUAAAAAAAUACUUUGGAGAUGAUGCACCUGGGGUUAGGGAACUGGAACACGAUUUAGCACUUAUUUUAACCAACUCACAUUUGGCGGUAAAUGGCCCAAGACCAACUACGCCAGCACUCGUUGAAGUUGGCGGGCUUCAUAUACAAGACGAUGAUCCAGACAUCCCAGCUGACCAUCUGAAAUGGCUAAAUGAAAGUAAAGACGGUUUCAUUUACUUUACAUUUGGCUCAAUGAUGCAGAUAGAAUCGUUUCCAAAGCCAGUGCUCGAUAUUUUGUACAAAUCGCUCGGUAAAAUAUCGCCGAUAAGAGUUUUCAUGAAAGCGCCGCACCCGGAAAAACUACCACCGGGUUUACCGAAAAAUAUACGGACAUUCACAUGGAUGCCGCAAUUAAAAGUAUUAAAGCACAAAAAUAUUCGCGCAUUCAUCACUCACGGCGGACUUAUGGGCACUCAAGAAGCAAUUUACAGCGCGGUACCGAUGAUUGGCAUGCCACUUUUUGCCGAUCAGUUUAUAAACGUCGAUCUCUACGUGAGCAAAAAAAUCGCGAUCCGUCUGGAUUACGCGGACAUGACUGAAGAUAAAUUGGACGCUGCGUUACACGAGAUUUUGUAUAACCCUCUUUACAGGAAAACGGUCAAGAAGAUUUCAGAGAAAUUUUUGGACCGACCAAUGAGUCCCCUGGACACGGCUUGCUACUGGAUUGAGUACGUAAUCAAGCAUGGGAAUAAAGCUCUGAGAUCUUCGGCGCUCGACUUGUAUUGGUGGCAAGUUGCUCUAGUUGAUGUUUAUGCCGUACUCAUACUCACUGCCAUCAUAAUAGCGUUUGCUGCUAUUGCAAUUUUUCAAUUUAUUUCGAAUAUUGUUUUCCCUUCUACUACAGUUGCGCGUAGUAAAAAAAAUAAUUAAUUAAUUAGUGCCUUAGAAAUUUUUUAAUAGAAUAAAAAAAAAAAAAAUUGAUGAAAUUUAAUAAUCUAAGUUUGUCUAGUAAUUAAAUAUAUCGAGAUUUUAAAAAAAAUUAUUCAAAUUUUAUGAAUAAAAAAAAUUAAUUGAUUAAUUUUUUAUUUCUAAUACUGGAUAAUAAAUUAAAUAUUCGCCUUUGAUACGGAAUUAUAAUUUAUAAUUUAAAU